AUGGCUCGGUGGCGUGAGGUUUUAAUAACUUUGGGUUUCAUCUGUGGCAUCUAUGUGUGUUUCUUGUCGCAGGGUGUAUGUCAAGAGAGCAUCUAUCGUUUAAAGGACGAGAAGACGGGGGAGAGGUUCAAGUAUCCAUUGUUUCUGGUGGCGUUGGUAUCGUCUAUUUCAGGAGGUGUGGGAUAUAUGGUAACUCGUGUGGAGGCGUCACGGCCGAAUGGAGAGGCGAGUAGAGUGGUGCCUGCAUUGCGUGACUUUAUCUACCAUCGGAAGGCGAACGACUUGUUGAAGCAGGGCUUUUAUGUGUCGCUUUCAUACAUAGGUGCAAUGAUCUGCACAAACUUUGCUUUAACGCGUGUCAACUACCCAAUGCAGGUGUUGGUAAAGAGCGCCAAGGCAGUGCCAGUGGUGGUUGGUGGCUACGUCUUCUUUGGCAAACGUUACCAUUACAGCGAUUAUCUCACAGUAGUGUGUGUCACUUUGUCUCUUAUCCUAUUUCAAUGGGGCAAUCUCAUGAACCCCAAGACCAAUGCCGCUUCCACCUGGACUGGCUUUGUCGCACUACUCACCGCCCUGCUCUUCGACGGACUCACCGGACCUAGACAAGAUAAGAUGGUCGAAAACUACCAAAUCAGCACUGGCGAUCUCAUGUUUAUAAUCAACGUUUGCUCACUCCCACUUGUCUGGUCCGCCGCAUGGAUCCUCGAAGGUGCAGCGCCAUACGGUAUGAUGAGCCGUAACUCCCUAGAACUUGUACCCAGACUUGCUCUCUUCGUCGUAUGCGGAGCAGCCGGCCAAGUAUGCAUCGUCAGAAUUUUGAGACAAAUGGGCAGCCUACACCUUACCCUCAUCACCACCACCCGCAAGUUCCUCGCCAUACUCAUCUCCGUCGCACUCUAUAAACAUCCUCUGUCACCCCUACAGUGGUUUGCUGUCUUCCUCCUAUUCACAUCCGGCUUCUUCAAGUACCUUCUCAAAGAAAGGAAACCCUCCACCAGCGUUCGAGAGGUCGAAAUACCCCUACGAAAAGCCUCCGCCUCCCAACCCACACCUCCAACCGUUGCCCCUCCAACCAUAUCCGAAGACCACAUCAAGCAUACCUAA